AUGGCUUCGAACUCUGAUACUGUCUACACCUCGGUUAAGGACUACUACGGCAAGGUCCUCGAGUCGUCAAAGGACCUGAAGACCAGCGCCUGCACCACGGGCUCUGCUCCGCAUCCGAUUGUUCUCGAUGCGAUCCGUAAGAUCCCCAGUGCCGUUACCGACAAGUUCUACGGCUGCGGCAACCCUAUCCCCCUUGGAAUCACCGGAAAGUCAGUGCUCGACCUGGGAUCCGGCAGCGGCCGUGACUGCUACGCCGCGGCGGCACUGGUUGGUCCCGAGGGCUCGGUGAUCGGCGUUGACAUGACUGACGAGCAGCUUGCCACGGCCCGCGAAAACAUUGGCGAGUUUGCAAGGACCCUCGGGUAUGCACCCAACCUGAAGUUCCUGACCGGCUACAUUGAGAUGCUGCGCGAGGCUGGCGUCCCUGAGAAGUCGAUCGAUAUCUGCAUUUCCAACUGCGUCAUUAACCUUGUCUGGCCUGGUGCUCUGUACACAAAGGAAUUCGAGAGCAUCGCCCAGACCAUUGGGUUUGCGCGGCCACGCAUUCUGGCAAUCUCGCACAUUGAGGUACACGACGCUGAGCUCAAGGCACUGGUCAAGGACAUCAAGUUCUACUCAAUCACCUACCGUCUGUUCAAGGUCGCCGAGAAUGACCAGAAGGAGAUUGCUCGCGGCCAGACGGCCACUUAUCUGGGUACAGUCGCUGGCCACGAGGAUCAAGAGCUGAAGACAACAUCCACCGAAUCGCUGAUGGAGAGUGCGCUGACAGCUAGCUGCUGCAAGCCUAAGCAAGACAACCCAGACACCGUGCGGCUGUCGGGCAGUCUGGCACUGGAGAAUAAUACAAUGAUCGUACUUGAGACGGGUGCCGGCAAGACGCUAGGUCGGUCGCCAGAGAAAAUGCGGGUGUUUCUCAACAACACUGUUGCACUGGUGCAGCAGCAGGCGCGGGUCAUCAGCGACAAUACCCAGCACCGGGUCGAGAAAUUUGUCGGGUCGGCAGGCAUUGAGGCAUGGGGCAAGAGCGGGUGGAAGGCGCAUUGGGCGAAGAGCACUGUUCAGGUCAUGACCCACCAGAUUUUCUUGAAUGCCCUGCGCCACGGAUACAUCAGCCUCGAGGAUAUCGACUUGCUGGUGAUUGACGAGUGCCACCAUACCCGCGGCAACCACCCAUAUGCGCUCAUCAUGAGCGAGUUCUACCGGCUGGCAGAGCCUAGCAAGCGCCCGCAUGUUUUUGGCAUGACGGCGUCGCCGCUCAACUCGCGGGAGGAUGUACGCACCUCGGUGGCUCGACUGCAGGCCUUGAUCAAUGCAGACCUGUGUACAGUGGAUUUGUCGCUUUGUAAGGACAUUGUUUCCAAAGCAGAAAGCAUAUGCUGGGAGUACCCGUUGCCGCCCGAGUUCCCCGAGACUGAGCUGACAGCAGUGCUCUUCAAGGCGUGCGGCCAGAAUGCAAAGCUGGCAGACAGGUUCGAGAAUGCGCCCUAUCUGCUGCAGCUUCUUGGACCCAUGGGUGUCGAUCUAAUGUGGCACCAUGAGAUCCAAAAGUGGCACAACAGCGUUCUGACUGAGGGGCUGCGGCAGACAUCGGUUCCUGAGGCGGCAGGAGCAGUCACUGGUACAAUUCAGAGUCUGCACCACAAGACGCUGACUGCACAGGAGAGCCUGGGUCCGCGUCGCCAGGAGGUAGUGGAGUUGCAGAGCGCGCUAGCCAUCGACCGUGAGUUUGGCGGUAUGGAGGUUGCGCGCACCAUGAUCCUGCAGCGACUUGAAUUGCUGGACAAUGACGCAAACAUCGAAAAGGCUGCCAAGCGGCUCAAGGCGCUGGACGGUUCAGGUGACGGGAAAGCCAGGACACGGUGGAUUCGCGCAGGUCCAUGGAGCGAUGUGCGCCACCUUCUAUCGCCGCAGGUCAACGCGCUGCUGGAUAUUCUGAUGUCAUGGCGCGACCGUGCCAACGAGCUGCGUGGAAUCGUGUUUGUCAACCGGCGUCUUACCGCAGUUGCGCUCGUUUCUGCUUCAUCACUGCUGAUGCGCUUGCUGGGUGCUGCGCGCGGCGGCGGCAAGGCAGUUCGCCCGCUGCGACAGGGUGCCAUACGGGUUGCCAAUCAGACGACGCUGGCGGACUUUGCCCAGGGAAAGGUCAACCUUAUAUUCGCCACGCAGGUCGCCGAAGAGGGCGUCGAUGUGCAGCCAUGCAAUUUGGUAGUCCGAUUUGAGAUCCCACAGACCGUGACAUCCCUGAUCCAAUCCCGUGGGCGCGCGCGUAAGGCCGGAUCGCAGUUUUAUGUAAUGGUGCCUGGUAUGGAUGAGGAUAUAAAUAAGAGCGCCAUACACAAGCACAUGGGCACGCGCAUGGACUACGAGAGGCUGGUUGAGAUGGAAGGGUUCUUGAAGGACUGGUGCAACAGCCAUAUGUCCCGCCGCGCGUCACCAACACCGAUCACCGCAAAGCCUGGCGAUGACCCAGAUAUGGAGCUUGAGAGCGACAGCGAGAGCACAAAGGUGGUGCGCAUUGGACGUUCGGGGCCAGAAUACUGGCAGUUUCUGCAACGCCAUACCCUGCGCGAGUUUUCGGCAGACAACCCUGAAGACGAUGAGAAGGAGCUGUGGAUCGAGAGCCGCGACCGCUCUGGCCGGGUAUUCACUGUACUAGCAUCUGGUGCCAAGAUCACGUACCUGUCGGCGAUCCAGAUUAUAUACCGGUAUGUUCAGACACUCCCACAGAAUCAGUACGAUGCGCUCGAGCCCGCCUAUACGAUCACCGAAGAACUGGAAGAGGUGGAAGAAGAGGGAUCGCUGGCAGGGCCUAAGUCCAGUUCGGUCGUGGCCGGCAAGAAGCGCAAGAAGACCCCACCCAGGACGCUGUUCCGCUGCUCACUGACACUGCCAGCCAAUGCAGCGCUGCGGCGCAUCAACGGGCCGGCAAUGCCGACCAAAAAGCUGGCCAAGCAGGUCGCCUCGUAUCGCGCCGCCAAGAAGCUGCAUCAAGUUGGAGCCAUUGAUGAUAGCCUGCUGCCUGUCGUCGAAGUGAAGCCAAACUUGUCGGCAACGAUUGGCAAGAAGACCGGACCUCUGCCGAAAGGCCAAACCAAGGGUUCACGCUCGGCCGUCAACAACUAUGCAAUCGCUACCCCAGAGGCAUUUAAGCGGGCUGCACCUGCCUCGGCAGACCGGGAUGCCAUGGACGUGGACGGCAAUACGCCAGCCAGUAAUCCAUCGCUCUGGCAUUUCUACUGGAUUUCUCUGCAGCACCCAAAGGCUGAGGUACCCACAUCGAUCAUGCUCGCCACUGCCAACCCGCUGCCGGAUGACAUCGCUGUGCCGCUGUACAUUGCGCAGUAUAACGACAGCACAGAUCUGUCGCCGGAAUAUAUUGUGCCAAGGUAUAUGUGGUCGCGGGAGCUCGACAAUGCGCAGAUCGAUGACCUGGCGUCGUUUACAUCAAAGGUUAUGAUCCGUACGCUCAGGCAUGGCUACGUGUGGGAGACAAAUGAGGUUGGCAUCUUGCUGGCCCCGCUCACCACAGACUGCAACAGCGUCGAUUUUGAGUUCGCCCGCACAUGCUUCAAGGACCGCAAGGCCGUGUACAGGGAAGGGUUUGACUAUAGGCAGCUGGUUGGCCAGCUGGUUAUGGACGCGUUGGACUCUGGUAACCUCAAGGUCGUCACCAAGGUGUGCCAUGACGCCGAUGUCAACACCAAUUUGCCGCAGUACCAUGCAAUGACUUCGGUGCUGGAUGAUAUUGAUAUGGCCAUCGAAGCCAAGCAGCAGGACCCGCAAAUGACUGUUGUAUAUGAGCAUAAGGCAACUUUAGUGAUGCCACCUAAGGAGCUCACUUCGACGCCAUGCCCGCCGCCAUCUGCAGUAUCCGUGAAUAUGAGCACUGACACCAGUGGUACCCCGACAUCGUCAGCGGCUUUGGCUGGCACGCCAAAGGCAUCGACUCGUCGGCGGAUCAAAACCAUGAAUGAGUGGUCCCGCAACAAGCGCGUGCGCUACAUGCUGCCCAAGGAGGACGAGGGCGCAGCCGGCGUUCCGCUAUUGAUGGUCAAACCGGUCGAUUUCUCCAACAACUACCUGGCGCCCGUGCAGUUCCAUUCCCCGCCAGUGACCGUAUCUGAGGGACCUGGCCUUGAAACCUAUCCAGAUGGCAUCUACACAACACCGUUCUGCUGUGCGCGUGAGCCACUGGGUCUCACCGAUGUGCUGAACCUCACCUUGCUGUCAUCAUUCCUGACACGACUCGAGCAAGUCCUAGUAGCAUUUGGCGUCAGGCAGAGGCUGUCGCUGAGUGCCGAGACCGAGACAGUGCGGUGUGCAAUCACAGCGUCCAGCUCAUCGAUGGAUUGCGACUACCAGCGGCUAGAGACACUGGGCGACUCGAUACUCAAGUUUAUCACGUCGACGAUGCUGUUUGUUGAACAUCCGGCCGACCACGAGGGGCUGCUGACGUCGCGUCGCGAGCACCUUGUUAGCAACUCGCAUCUGUUCCAUCUGGCCACUCGCAUGUCGCUGGCUGAGAGCAUUAUAUCGCUUGCAUUUUCGAAGCGCGAAUGGCGGCUACCGGGCCAGGGAUGGAAGCGACUGCACGACAUCUCGACCAAGUGGAUAUGCACACCGGCUGUUGAGAACAACAGGGUACUGCGGAAGGCUGUAGCCGCUGAUCCGCAAGAGAAAGUCGAAGAUCCUGACGCUGUCACGAGCACUGGCAAGGCCAGUUCCGAGAAUAAGCCACACACGGCGCCGCGUAAGCAAACUCGCGACAUUAUCACUGAGCGGCCGUUGUCGGAAAAGACUGUCGCUGAUAUCAUCGAGUCGCUGCUAGGCGCUGCGGUGCUGGAUGGCGGGAUUGAAGGCGCGCUAGCUGCUGCAUGCUCUCUGAAUGUUACUGACAGCAGAUGGACUGAGUGGCAGCAGUUUGGCAAGGUCUGGCAUGCAGGCCAGCGCGAGAAGAAGCGACGUCUUGCUGCACUGCAUAUGCACCAGUUGGAGUACAUAGCAUCGCUGAAGCAGUCAUUGCUGCUGCUGCCUAGUGGUACCAAUGAUAUUGAACCGCUGACUCACCAGCUAGGAGAGAUUAUGCUCGAUACGACCGAUGUCAAUUGUUCGGCACCCGAUGGCAGUGUUGACGACGGUAUCUCGGGGCUGCUCAGCAGUUUGACCAAGGCACCAGCUGGAUGGGAAGCCAUGGCUGAGCACACCCUCGGGUACAGGUUCCAAGACCGCGCAGUGUUGGUCGAAGCCCUGACGCACUGCAGCAUGAUGGAUCUUAACUCUGCCAGCUACCAGCGGCUGGAGUACCUGGGCGACGCUGUUUUGGACUACUUUGUGACCAAGCGCUACUACAACUACAAGCCCGAGUUGGUCCCGCACCGCAUCACACUGGUCAAGCACGUCGCUGUCAGCAACGACGUUCUGGGACUGAUCCUGGUGUGCAAUGGCCUGCACAGGUUUUUGCGGAACCAGUCGCAGACAGUCAAUGCUGCCAUUGCAGACUACGAGGAGCGGUUCUGGGCUGUACGGCAGACCGUCGCAGAUGCUGCGGCUGAAGACAGCAGUUGCCCUAUGGUUGACAGCACAGACGUGUACCAGAACCUGCCGCCCGAGUGCUGGAACCUGGUGCCGGCACCCAAGGUACUGGGCGAUCUGCUCGAGUCGCUGCUGGGUGCUGUGUAUGUCGACUCGGGUAUGGACUGUGGCACUGCACAAGCGCUGUAUGAGCGUCUGAUCGAGCCAUUCCUGGACCGGUUUGUGGACUCUGGCAAGCUGACGCUGAACCCAGUGAUCCAGAGCCAGCUCAUUUGCCAGGCAUGGGGCUGCAGCGCAUUCACCUGGGUACCCCUGGCCAACGAGGAUACAACCGACUUUGUCAAUCGCUCUGUGUGCGAGUUCCAGAUCCACGGAAGAACCAUUGUGCACACCAGAGGCGAGGGACCCCGCCAUGCAAAGUUCAACGCUGCCUGCCAGUUUGUGCAUCUGGUUGGAGCGGCUGCCCCGAACGCCCUCGACGGCAACCUAGCUACCAUGCAUGGAAUCGAAAACGGCGGGAAGACGAUGGCCAUACUCGACGAGCUGCUGAAGCCGCUAUGUAGGUGCAAGGAGGAGCGCUUGGCCAGGGCCAGGGCUGAGGAGGAAGCAAAGGCGAGUCUGGAGGCAGAGGCCAGUGCUGAGAUUGUUGUGACUGCCAUGACCGUCGAUGCCGAAUAG